AUGGGAGGAGUGGAGGCUGCAGAAAGGAGUGUGAUUGUGGAGCAGGUCGGUCAGUCUCAGUUAAUUGGUCCUUCUCAGCCAAUAGUAGCAACAGUUGGUGAUGACGUCAUUUUACCAUGUAGCCUGGAACCGACAGAGGAUGUUGCUGCCAAGACUUUGGAGUGGACGAGAUCUGACUUGAAUUCUAUAUUUGUCCUUGUGUGGCGUGGUGGUCAGGACUUCGUACAAACUAAACAUCCAUCUUUCAACGGACGGACAUGGCUGUUUCCUGAUGAGCUGAAACACGGAAACAUUUCACUGAAACUGUCCAAAGUGAAAACUUCUGAUGCGGGGACAUACAAAUGCUACAUUCCAAAGCUGAAUACAGAGUAUUUUGUUGAUCUUGUUGUUGGUGCCGUUUCCUUGCCUGUCAUGAGUUUAGCAGGAAUUGAUGAAGCCACCAGAGGAGUGGUUCUACAGUGUGAGUCUAAAGGCUGGUGUCCAGAGCCUGAGGUGUUGUGGCUGGACGGUGAGGGAAACCUCCUCUCUGCUGGACCUACAGAGACAGUCAGAGGUCCUGAUGAUCUCUAUACUGUCAGCAGCAGAGUGACUGUGGAGAAGAGUCACAGCAACAGCUUCACCUGUAGAGUCCAACAGAAGGACACCAACCAGACCAGAGAGACAGAAAUCCAUGUUCCAGAUGAUUUCUUUGAGAUCCAGUCCAGUUCUUCUUCCAUCAUCACUGGCUUGGCUUUGGAGGAAAAAGCUGCCCUGUCUCUGUUUGGGUUGAAGAUUUUUAACAAGCGGACAAUCAAGGAAGAGCAGCAGAAGAGGGAGAAAUAUGUCCAGAAGCUUGAAGAGGAGAAGCAGAGAGAACACCCCCACACUCUGGCUGGUACCUUUAACACCUUUUGCUGA